AUGGGUAAAGCAGGAAAAUGGAUCCGGAACUUUUUGUUAGGCAAAAGGGAGGAGAAAGACAAGCACAAGAAAAGAGUGAAUUCAGUUGCCACAGAGGUCCUAGAGGAGCAUGAAAUUGAGCAAAUUCGUUUUAAGGCAAUCCUAGUAACAACUAGCAAGCAAGUCAAUGGAACAAUGCCGGUUGUUACAGCUCCUGUUUCACAAGCUAUAGGGCCCCUCAAAGAUGCUGCUGCCAUCAAAAUUCAGGCUGCAUUUCGUUCUUAUUUGGCAAGAAAAGCAUUGCGUGCUUUACGCGGACUAGUGAAGUUACAAGCAUUAGUAAGGGGUCACCUGGUCAGAAAACAAACUACUGCAGUUCUGAGGAGCAUGCACGCUUUGAUGACUAUCCAAGUUAGAGCUCGGUAUAGGAGAGUUCAGAUGGUUGAGGCCGGAGCAGAGCUUGCAACAAAAAGAUCAGGUCAUGGAGAAUCGGCUCGAAAUAGUACAGAUAGAAAGGAUGUAAAUGCUCAUGAGAUGAGGACAAGUAUGAAGAGCAAAAGCGGACCCUUACAUUAUUCACAAGCUGAAAGAAAGGAACUUGGAGUCAUCACCACAUAUCACUCUGGUCGGUUUCCAAUAAACAUGCAAGAAGAUCAGCCUGACCAGACAUGUUGUAGUCCACCGGCAACAGUGACCGAAACGAGCUCCACCAAUCUGUCCAAAACAAAACAAAUAAAACUGCAGGCAUCCACUGCUCCACUUUCUCAUGAAAAUCGAGGUUACAUGUCCAACACAGCAUCUUCAAAGGCAAAAGCAAGGUCACACAGUGAACCAAAGCAAAGGCCAAAAAAAUGGCGCCCCGUACAAAAAAACAAGCAAUCAACAUCAGUGCGAGGUGUAAACGUCGCCCUUGAAGUUCAGGAGCAAUAUAUGCCUUCACCUUCAGAAUUCGAUGAGCAAGAAAAUCAGCAUCCAUGGUUCAUCAAGCUUUUUCGAUCUGCAAAGCAAGUAGACGGUAGUCAUGCAGAUCAUUCGAGUGUAGCAACUUGCAAUUCCAACUUUGAGAAGACUUUAAAUCCAUUUGAGGUAUGUUCUAGGUAUUUGGCUAAUACUUCUAGGGGCUAG